CAUAAUUUGUGACUGUGAUACGUAUUCGUAAUUCCCUCCAAAUUUAGUCCCAAAUAAUCAAAUACUCAAAUAGAAUCAUUAUAAUAAGAAUUUCAGAUUGUGUCAAUUGUGAAUAAUAUUUUUAAUGUAUCCUUAAUCUGAAGUGUCUGACAUGCCAUUCAGAUCCGAAAUGAAAGAGGAUGGUGAGGAAGAAGGACAAUCAGUCAACAUUGAGUAAAAAUUUAAUAAUAUUAAAUUUAUAAUAAAAAAAUACAUCCUUAUAGUCACAAAAUAAUAAUUGAAUACAUACAUACUUAUUUACUAAAUUGUAUGACUAUAAAGAUUAUAGACAUUUUGAAAAUAAAUUACUAUAGGUAUAGUUGUUUUAGGUAUUUAACUGAUAACAUCAAUUAGUAGCGAUAAAAACUUAUAAUUAUAUAUAAGCAACGUUUUACUUAUUAGGUCUAUGGUAUAUAUCUACCCAGCUGAAAUAGGUCAAAGAUAAAAUAAAUAUGACAUAUUUGAAUCAUUAGCAUAUUUAUAAUUUUUCCAAGAAGGGAAUUAUUGAAUUUGAGAAUUAUGUACUAUACAUAGACCUUUCAUAAGGUCUAUUGUUUUAUAUAGGUUUCCAGGUUAAAAUAAAUUACAUUUUCAAUUUAUUUAUUUUUGUAAAUAAUUUUAUAAUUCAAUCUGAUCUAAAAUUAUCAUUGAAAUUUAAUAACUAAGUAAAUAAUUACUAUAAAUUUAUUUACUAUUUAGGUAUUAAUCUAACCUUCAUAGUAUUUUUUUUUUAAAAAUGUGUUUUUACUUGUACAUUGAAUAUGUAAAAAAUAAAAGUCAGACAAACUUCGUUUGGAAUCAUGAGGGAAAACUUCAUAAAGUUUGGGUUUUUUCUUUUCGUGUAUUACUUAUUUAGAAUAUAACAUUUUCAAUUUUUUUUUUUCCAAAAUUUGUAUUUUUUAAUGUUUAAACAUUGGUAUAAUCAAAGCUUACCUAUCAUAUUUACUUUUAUAGUUUUUGUACAUAAACCUUGAAAAAUAGCAUUUUGAGAAUAAAUCCAAAAUGUGGUAAAAAUAGACAUUUGUUUUAUUAUUAUUAUUUGUAGUUAUUGAUAUUUUGAUGAUACAUUUUUUUAUUGAAGUCACGAUAGGUCUACUGGCUUAGUUUUAGAGUUACAAACGUUCAAACGUGUGGUGUUUCACUGCGCUCACUGGGAUAAUUUUAAUUGAAAAUAACCCUCGAUUUGUUGUGCAAGGUAGGUGGGUAGGUAAUAGGGAAAAGCAUUAUAGGUGGAGUUUGAGACCCAAUGUGGUCACUCUCGACGGUAUUUUAGAUUAAAAUUGUCCAAGUAAAUGUAGCAAAACUUUUGAAUGUUUGUAACUCUAAAAUUAAGCCAGAUAGACUUAUUAUGACUUCAAUUAAAAUAAACUUUUUUAUCAAAUUAUCAAUAACUACAAAAAAUAAUAGAAAAAAAUAUAUCUAUUUUUGACCUCAUUUUGCAUUAAUUCCAAAACUGCUAUUUUUCAAGGUUUAUGUGCAAAAACUAUAAAAAUAAGUAAGAUGGGUAAGUUUUGAUUAUAUCAAUGGAUUAAGCUUUAAAAUACACACACUUUGGAAAAAUAAAAAUCCAAAAAAUUGUGUGGGAGUUAAACUGAACUAUACCUUAAAUUCCACUUUUGCAAGAGUUAGUGAAUGUACAUUCCAAUAGGUACUCCCAUAAUAUUAUUAUUGCAUAUAAUUGUAGUAAUUGAUCAGUCUUGUUUUAUUCAUAGUCACUAUUUCACUAAUCAAUAUCAUAAUUAAAGACAUAUUAUAUAACAUUAUUUAUUUUGUAUAAUAUAUAAAUAAAAGUAAUCUGAUUUCUUUUUAAUACUAAUUGUUUGUCCAUUAUUUAGAAAUACUGGUAAAAGUGCUACUGUUCUCUGUGUUCAGUAUCUUAUGUCAAAACAUAUGAAGGGUAAGAAUCUGAUUAAAAAAGAAGAUCUAACAAAAACUGUCUUCAAAGGCCGUGUUAUUGGGAAGAAUAAUUAUGAUAGAGUUAUGGAAGAUGUUUCGAACACCCUAAAAAACGUAACAAUUAAAUUUUAUUUUUAUAGUAAUGUAAGAAAUAUAAUAAUGUAAAAUAUCUAAUUUUUUUUUUUAAAUUUUAUUUGGCUUAUGAUUCUAUAGAUUUUUGGAUUUUCUUUAUCAUAUAUUAAGGAUGAUGGAAAACAAUUUAUGAUUGUUAAUAACAUAGAACCAAUCAAUGAUCCUGAGGUCCAUUAUAGUUUUUCUGAAUCAUCAAAAUACCGUACAUUAAUUGAAUUAAUUACUUGUGCUUUAGUCAUGCUUCAAUCAGAAAUUAGUGAAGGUUUGAAAUUGUUAUAAAACUAUACUAUCUUCUACUAAAAAAUUAAAAUAAUAUUUUAUUUGAUAAUUAUUUAUAUAUAUUUUUUUUUCAGGUCAAAUGUGGAAUAUUUUGGAACGAUACUCAAAUGAACAUAAUUUAGAUAUGAAUAUGAUCAAGAAGGUGGUUAGAAUAGUAAGAAAAUAAAAACGUUAAUAUUGCACUGUUCUAUCCCAAUUUCUCAGUAGAUUUGUUUGUAUUUAUGAUUUAUGUCUACCUAUUUAAUCAAAAUUGUAUAUACUUUCUAUAAUUUUUGUUAGUAUAGUUUUAUUUUUCUACAUGAUCCUGAAGUCUAAUAUUAAAUUCAUCAUUAAAUUAUACAAUAAGACAGUUGUAAGGUAAAUUUAAACUAAAUUGCGUUAUACUAAAUUAGAGACUGAGUUAUAGCAUGGACAAUGGAUAUCAUAUUUUUUUUAUUGCUAGUUAAAUUUAUUAUUUCUGUACUUAUAUACUUGUAGACUAUUCUCAAGAAUACUGAUUUUUAGCAAUAUUUUAAAUUGAAACGUUAUUGAUACAAGUUCCGAGGAUUCAUUUUUAUAUUAUAUUACAUAAAUUAAUGUUAAUUUUUAAUAGAAGUGGUCUUUAGUGUUGUCAAUCCACUUUGUUGAAUAAAAUAAAUUAAUGUAUAACUUAUCAAGUCUGUUUAAAAGUCUUAUAAUUGAAAAUAUAUUUUCACUAAUUUACAUAUAUAUCUUGUAUUAUACAUCUACUAGACAUCAUUUAUUUGAAUAGUUUUAUUUUGUUUCAGGAUUUAGUAAAAGAUCAGUAUCUUCAAUAUAAAGCUACUGAUGAUAGUAAUAUUAUGCUUGAUCCAGAAAAAACUACUCAUUGGUUUUCUUUAGGACCUAGAGCAUUAGUAGAGUGUAAUCAGAUAAUGCUAUUAAAACGAGUUGGGGAGGUUAGUACAUAAUAAAUACUAUUAAUCUUUGUAUUAUUGAGUACAAGUAUAAUGUGGAACAUUAUAAUAUAGUCCAUAAUAGAAAAUAUAAUAAUAUUUUUUUGUAAAGUAACACAGUAACUAUUAUGUAAACAAAUAUGAAAUUCCAAUAACUUAUCACUGUAUCCAAUCAGUUUUUACUAUAUAUUUUCAUGAAAUUUUUUUUGAAAUUAUAAAAUUGUAUACUUUAGAAAUUGAUUUAAAUUAUUUUACAAUUAUACACAAUUGUUAAAUCCAUUUUUAGGACUAUUUUUUUUUUUAUAAUUAUUAUUGUUUUACAGUUGUACAAUAUGCCUCCCGAAUCAUUCAAGCGUGUGUAUGCUGUUGUACAUAAGAAACAUCAAGUAAUAUCAUAGAUUAUAAUAAUUAGUAUAUUUAAUUUGUGGUAAGUAAUAUUCAAAUUCUGUUUCUAUUAAUUUGUAUUAUAAAAGUAGCACUUGUAUACCUAUAAUAAAUAUAAAUAUGUUACUAAGGUAUACAAAGCACAUUAUUUAAAAGAUUUAUUUUAUUUUGUACUUAUUUUUUUACUGUAAUAAUAAUUAUAACUACAA